AUGACGCUGGAUAACGAAGGCUUAAGUGCUGAUGCAGCAGAGGAGAUGGACAUCCAAGCCGUAGAUGAGUCCUCGGCUGAUGGUCUGGAAUCUCCCAGUGUACCCAAACGCCGUCCAAAAAAAAAGAGCCAAUUGAACGCAGAUGAGGCAGAGUUGAAUGGUCAUGCUGAGGAUGCUACACCAGUCAAGAAAAAGAAGCGGAAGCCCCGAGACACUUCAACGACAGAAAGCGAGACCGGCACUGCUAAGAAGAAAGUGAAGAAGGUGAAGAAGAAGGAAAGCAGCGGUGACGAGUCCGCUGUCGAUGAAGAAGACCGCAAUCGCCCCCGGCUCGCCAAGGAGAUCCUUGCGAAUCUAAGGAAAUUUCCUCAUUGUAUACUGUUGACGCGUGUCGGCCAGUUCUGGGAGAGCUACUUCGAUCAAGCUAAGGAGGUCUCUCGUCUCCUAGGCAUCAAGUUAACGAGCCGUACAAUGGGAACACAGAUCCCUAUGUGCGGGUUUCCUCUUGCGCACCUUGACAAGCACCUGAAGAAUAUAAUACAAAACCACAAACGAUUCGUUGCGUUGUGCGAGGAGUUUCCUCCUGAUCCCAAAGCUGGCGCCAACGCUGGAUUCGACAGGCGCGUCACUCGCAUCAUUACCCCCGGCACUCUCAUUGAUGAGUCGUUCCUCAAUCCGUACGAGGACAACUACCUGUUGUCCAUCGCUUACUUUGGCUCGACAUCAUAUGACCCGACAGACGUCGAGCACCGGCAGAUGGGUCUGGCGUGGAUAGACGUAUCUACUGGAGAGUUCUUUACAAAGGCGUCGACACUUGAUGAACUUCGCGAUGAGUUGGUCCGCAUCUCACCACGCGAGAUUAUUCUUAGCCAGGAUUACACUCUCGAAGAUUCACAUCCCAUCCGUCGAACUAUUACAGAGGAGGGGUUCUUUGCAUCGUACAUUUCCCCAUCCAAGAGUGCCAAGACGGAUCCCUCUGAGUACAAUCUCAGAGACAACUCGGGAGCAGACGAUGUCACAACCCAUAUUGGAACAUCUGUACCCCAAUCAGAUAUUGUCCUUAGCGAUUCCGAAGUCUAUGCGGUCAGGCUUCUCACCAGUUUCCUGCAAUCGAACUUGAUGGAAAACAUGCCCACGCUACCUCGUCCUAGCAGGGAAAGUGUGGAAGGGAGGAUGCAGAUCGAUUCGCACACCAUCAGGGCUCUCGAGAUUCGUGAAGGACUAAAUGACGGCGGUGCUACGGGUACCUUGCUGAGUGUUAUCAAACGUACCGUCACAACCAGUGGCACCCGGUUGCUUGCUCGAUGGCUGUGCUCCCCGAGCACAUCACUAAAGGAGAUUCAAGCAAGACAGUCUCUGGUUGCUUUUUUCCAUGCUCGACCCUAUCUGUGCGAAGAUUUGGUCCAGUUGCUGACAGACAUCGAGGAUGCUUCGCGUAUUGUGCAACGUUUUCUCCUCGGACGCGGGCAGGUUAAUGAUCUCUCCGCAAUCUGCAAUACCAUCCGUGCAUGGAUAAAGAUCGAGGAUCGCAUCGAACUGGAAAAAGAGAUGGAGAAGCGAGAGCGAGGUUCGAUACAGGUGGAUGACUGGAGCAGUAUCGACGCUUUGAUGCGUGGGUUGCACGACAUUAGCCGCCUAGUAAUCAUCAUAGAAGAUGCUCUGACUGCCGCCGCGCGAGUAGGCAAUUCUGUAGGUGAUGAUGAUGCGCAAGCAGAAGAGGAGCGAUCUCCCAAUGCUAGGUCCCUUCCAACGCGCUAUUCUAUUGUGAAGGAUAGAUUGCAGUCACUCGGGGAGGAAAGCUGGUCGAUUAAGCCUGGAUUCACAGACGAACUUCGUGCGUAUCACACCACUUUGAAGGAACUUCUGGAGCGUAGGGAACAGCUUCAAGUCCGGCUUCAGACUAUAUAUGAUUCUACUUCCCUCUCGCUCCGCUUGUCACCGACACAUGGUCUGCAUGUGCAUGUUGGAAGGACAAAGCGUGAUGCGAAGAAGCUGAAGGCUUCGCCGGAGUUCAUUUUCAUAUCAGAGAACAGCUCCACGAGCUCAUUCCAGUACAAAGAUUGGACAUCGCUAGGAACGCAACUCAUAGAUACGAUCUUGGCCAUCAGCACGGCCGAGCGAAGGACGUUUGAAAUUCUGCGGAAUGAAGUCACAGCGGUCAGUACCCAGUUACGGCACAACGCUCGCAUUGUAGAUGAGCUAGAUGCCACCGUUGCAUUCGCCAAUCUCGCCAGCGAGAUGAAGUUCGUCAGACCCAAUGUCACUGAAGGAACGUCAUUUCAUGUUGUGAAUGGCAGGCAUCCUACUGUUGAACUCGGCCUUCUGACGUCUGGCCGAGUUUUCACGCCGAAUACGGUGCUCUUCACUCCGGAGUCUCGCCUUCACAUCAUCACUGGCCCCAACAUGGCUGGAAAAUCUACUCUGCUGCGUCAGAAUGCCCUCAUCGCAGUCCUCGCCCAAACUGGGUCCUUUGUGCCCGCCGACUAUGCCGAGAUCGGUAUCGUCGACCGAGUAUUCUCUCGAAUCGGUGCGAGAGACGAUCUGUUCCGGGAUAGGAGCACUUUCAUGGUGGAGAUGCUAGAGACGAGCGAGAUUCUACAACGUGCCACUCCUAACAGCCUUGUCAUCAUGGAUGAGGUGGGAAGAGGUACGACGGUAGACGACGGCAUAGCGAUUGCAUUCGCAGCUGUACAUCAUCUGCUUACAGUAAACGGCUGCCGCGCUAUGUUUGCCACACACUUCCAUGAGCUUGCUGACAUGCUCGGAUGCACUAACGACAGCAAAGGGCGAGGGUCCUUCGCCGGAGCCAGCUUCUUCUGCACGGAUGUGGAUGAGACUGAGGACGGUUAUUUCUCCUAUUCGCAUCGACUGCGGCCCGGAGUCAAUCGCAAUAGCCAUGGCCUUAAGGUCGCUCAACUUGCUGGACUGCCCCAGCCCGCCAUAGCCGUGGCGAAGUCCGCUUUGUCUUGGUUAAAAUCGCACAAAGAUGAAGUGCGGACAGCGCAUAAUUUGCAAGUCCUCGGACAAUCACUGGCAUCCCAAUAG